CCAGGAUAUUCACCUUCAGCUGUCCAGGAAGGACCUCUGGCCAUUGUACUCCCAGGACUUCCAGAUUCACAAUGGAGGAGGAAGCUGGGGAAGAACCAGGGCUGGACAGGUCUUCUCCCAGGGACUUCUACUUUUAUCACACAGAUCUGUAUGACCCCGAAGACAGGCUACAGAUCUUCCCAAAACAAAACGUUAGAACAAGGAGGGAAGUCGUCCAGGCUGAAAGGAGCCAUGAGCCAAGAGGGGCAGGGGAUGGUAAGGUUCAAAGAGACCUUCAAGAGGAAGUGGAUGAACUUGUCCACUUGUACGGACUUGAAGAUGAUCACGAGUUAGGGGAUGAGUUCGUUGAUGAAAACUUGCCCAGGAUGGGGGCUUCAGAAUACCCUCCUCAUAUGAUGAAGAGGACAGAGCCGGCCAGGGAGCAGAGAGACUGGAGACUCACUGGAGAGGUGGCAGAGGCCGAGGACCUGGGCCUGGGCGGGUGGGGCUCGGCUGGGCAGUGCCAGGACCUGCGGGAAGCGUACAGGUACGCGCACGGCCGGGCCAGCGAGGAGUACGAAUGCUAUGUCAUCCCAGAAGAGGAGGAUGAGGAGGAAGCUGUUGAUGUCUUCUGUGUCACUUGCAAAACUCCAAUAAGAGCCUUCCAGAAGGUUUUUGAUGAGCACAAGGAGCAUGAAGUGAUCCCACUCAAUAAAGCCCUGGAAAGUGCCAAGGAUGAAAUUCACAAAAACAUGUACAAGUUGGAAAAGCAGAUUCUCGAGAUGGAAAACUUUGCCAACCACUUGGAGGAGGUUUUCAUCACGGUGGAGGAGAAUUUUGGAAAACAAGAACAAAAUUUUGAGUCACAUUACAACGAAAUCUUGGAAACACUUGCUCAAAAAUACGAAGAAAAAAUACAAGCUCUAGGGGAGAAAAAGAAAGAGAAGCUGGAAGCCUUAUAUGGACAGCUGAUCAGCUGUGGGGAGAACCUGGACACCUGCAAAGAACUGAUGGAAACCAUAGAGGAGAUGUGUCACCAGGAGAAGGUUGACUUCAUGAAGGAUGCGGUGCUUAUGGCCGACAGACUCGGGAAGUUCCUGAAAACAAAAACCGAUGUGGAAAUCUCUGCGCAGCCCGACUUUGAAGACCAGACCCUGGACUUCUCUGACGUGGAGCAGCUCAUGGGCUCCAUCAACGCCGUUCCAGCUCCUUCCGCUCCAGUGAUAAAUCCGCAGGCCCCCAACUCAGCCACGGGUUCCUCGGUCCGAGUGUGCUGGAGCUUGUACUCGGAUGACACGGUGGAGCGCUACCAGCUGUGCUACCGGCCAGUGCGGGACAGCUCACCUGGGAAGGACCAAGCGGAGUUUACUGUGACCGUCAAAGAAACAUAUUGCUCAGUGAUGAAACUUGUGCCAAAUACUCAGUACGAAUUUUGGGUGACAGCUCAUAACAGGGCUGGCCCCAGCCCCCCCAGCGAGCGUGCAGUGUACAUGACAGCGCCUUCGCCCCCCAUUAUAAAAACCCAAGAGAUAAGAAGCUGCGAAGAGGCCGCCCUGAUCUGCUGGGAGUCUGGAAACCUGAACCCCGUGGACUCCUACACCGUGGAGCUGACCCGUGCAGAGGGGCCAGAGGCCCCCGGCGUGACUGAGUCCGUCGUGGGCAUCCCGACCUGCGAGUCCCUGGUGCAGCUGCAGCCCGGGCAAAGCUACCUGAUCUACGUGCGGGCCCUCAACAUGGGCGGCCCCAGCGCCAGGAGCCGGCCUGCGACAGUCCACACCACAGGAAGCUACUUCCACCUAAACAAGCACACCUGCCACCCCUGGCUGACCGUUUCUGAAGACGGGUUUACAAUUGUCCGGAGCCAAAGGAAAACGCCCGAGAGGGAGCCACCACCCAGCGACACCCGGUUUACCAGGUGUGUUGCUGUCAUGGGAAAUCUAAUUCCAGUCCGAGGGCGCCAUUACUGGGAGGUGGAGGUGGAUGAGCGUUUGGACUACACAGUUGGUGUGGCCUUUGAAGAUGUCCCUAAACAGGAGGACCUGGGAGCAAACAGCCUUUCCUGGUGCAUGAGGCACACAUUUGCAUCAUCAAGGCAUAAGUAUGAAUUUCUGCACAACAGAACAACUCCAGAUAUAAGAAUAACAGUUCCGCCAAAGAAGAUUGGCAUUCUGUUAGACUAUGAAAAUUCAAAGUUGUCAUUUUUCAAUGUGGACAUUUCUCAGCAUCUAUACACAUUCAAAUGUCAGCUUCACCAAUUGGUACAUCCCUGUUUUUCUUUGGAAAAGCCCGGGUGUCUAAAGAUACAUAAUGGCAUUUCAAUGCCAAAGCAUGUCACUUUCUGACCAUUCUGAUGGCCAGUUUCCUGUCUCUCUUGUAUACCUACCCCUCUCAGCUGGCAGAACUUGGCAUUCAAGCACCACGUGCCCAGCACAGUUUAUGGCUCAUGUCAUUACCUGGCAGACUAGAGUGCUGGCUCUCAUUUCACCUGACCUGGAUUCUAGCCCUGUGCACUGCUACCUGUGUGACGCUAGGGUAGCCAUUACCAGGCCCAGCUACAAAAUGAGGGCUCAGACUAAACUCAAAACUCUUUCAAGUUGGCAAAUUGUAUUUGUCUACUUGUGUAUAUGUAAAGUCUCCUGAGUCUGCAAGGCCUGCAGAGCUCGGGGAAGGGGAGGGAAGUCUUACUGGCUCCAGCACCCAGUACACUCACAUUUCACGAGUCAGAACAGACUUGAGCAGGUAAGAGGCAGCCCAGAGAAGCAGGGACACCAUGUCCCCUUCCCAAUGCCUCCUCCCCUCCUGUCUGCCUGACAGUGAUCAGCGCUGUGGUGACAUGCCCCCACUGCGCACUCUUUCCGCUCCUUCAUAGUGCUCACGCUGCUCUCCAGGUUUGAAAUUCCCUCUGUAACGCCUACUUCCAUGAAAGCAGGGAUAGUACCUGUUUUGUUCACCCCUUGAUCCCCAAGGGCUAACAUAUAACAGCUGACACCAAGUAUUUGUUGAAUAAAUUUGUUGAGAAUCUUCUUCAUCCAGCCACUGCUGUGUGGCCCCUCUCUGCUCUCCAUGUGAAGGAUGCAGGGCUCUGUCAAAACUGUAGCAAAGGACCUAUGGCCUGAAGAGGAAAAACCCAGAGGGGAGGCAGCAUGAAGGAACGGAAGGGCGUCUGUGGCUUGAUGGCAAGAUGGGGAAACAUGGGACACUACUACUACAAGCAGCACACACAUAAAUGUGGUGCUUCUGUUAUGUGUGUUGAGGAGGGGGGUACAGAUGGAGAUAAAAUAGAAAAAACAUUAGUUACAGCUGAUUCUAUAAACUGUCCUGCAAUGUAAAAAGAACCAGAUUUGAAAUGAG